GCCCCUGAGCCAUGAGGGACAGAGCCAGGCACUGAGGGUCACCGGACAGGAGCACUGCCACCCCCCUAACAGCACUGCUCUUCAAAAGCCCCAGAAGAUGUAGAGCCCAGCGCAGUCGGAGCCGGCGGGGCGCGUCCCUCACCAUGGCCAAGAGGAGCUCCAGCCGUGCCAGGGGGGACAAGCCCGACGCCCUGGCUGCCCUGCAGGCUGCCAACGAGGAGCUGCGGGCCAAGCUCACCGACAUCCAGAUCGAGCUGCAGCAGGAGAAGAGCAAGGUCAGCAAAUUGGAAAGGGAGAAGAACCAGGAGGUGAAGCAGAUCAAGGAGCACGAGCAGCACAAAAGCACAGUGGUGGUCACAGAGCUCAAAGUCAAACUCCACGAGGACAAGAUGAAAGAGCUCCAAGCUGUUCGAGAAACACUUCUGAGGCAGCACGAGGCCGAGCUGCUCCGAGUGAUAAAGAUCAAAGACAAUGAGAUCCAGCGGCUGCAGACGCUGCUGAACGCCGUGCGCGACGGGGCCCCCGACAGGGUGAAGACGGUGCUGCUCAGCGAGGCCAAGGAGGAGGCCAAGAAGGGCUUCGAGGUGGAGAAAAUCAAAAUGCAGCAGGAAAUCUCCGAGCUGAAGGGGGCUAAGAAGCAGGUGGAGGAGGCUCUGACCAUGGUGAUCCAGGCUGACAAGAUCAAAGCGGCAGAGAUCAGGAGCGUGUACCACCUGCACCAGGAGGAGAUCACCAGGAUCAAGAGGGAGUGCGAGAGGGAGAUCCGCAGGCUGAUGGAGGAGAUUAAGUUUAAGGACAGAGCAGUCUUCGUGCUGGAGAGAGAGUUAGGGGUGCGAGCCGGGCAUGCUCAGAGACUGCAGCUCCAAAAGGAGGCUUUAGAUGAACAACUGUCCCAGCUCAAAGAGUCUGACCGGCAUCUGAGCAGCCCCAAGCGGGAACUUCCUUAUGCAAGUGGUGCAGGAGACGCUUCAGACCAUUCGGGAAGCCCCGAACAGCAGUUGGAUGAAAAGGACGCCCGGCGCUUCCAGCUGAAAAUCGCGGAGCUGAGCGGGAUCAUCCGCAAGCUGGAGGACAGGAACGCGCUGCUGUCGGAGGAGAGGAACGAGCUGCUGAAGCGUCUCAGAGAAGCAGAGAGUCAGUAUAAGCCCAUUCUGGACAAAAACAAACGCCUCAGCAGGAAGAAUGAGGAGCUGUCACAUGCCUUACGUCGAAUGGAAAAUAAAUUGAAAUUUGUGACGCAGGAAAAUAUUGCCAUGAGGCAAAGAACUGGAGCAAUAAGGAGACCCAGCUCCUUAAACGACCUUGACCACAGCCAGGAGGAAAGGGAAGUGGAUUUCCUGAGGCUGCAAGUGAUUGAGCAGCAGAACAUCAUUGAUGAGCUCUCCAAGACCCUGGAGACUGCUGGCUAUGUGAAGAGUGUCAUGGAACGGGAUAAGCUGCUAAGGUUCAGGAAGCAAAGGAAGAAAAUGACAAGAAUUCCUAAGAAGCCCGUGGUGGAGACGUUCUAUGGCUAUGAUGAGGAGGCUUCCCUGGAGUCUGACGGUUCCUCCAUCUCCUACCAAACUGACCGCACUGACCAGACCCCCUGCACGCCCGAGGACGACCUGGAGGAGGGCAUGGCCAAGGAGGAGACGGAGCUGCGGUUCCGGCAGCUGACCAUGGAGUACCAGGCGCUGCAGAGAGCCUACGCCCUGCUGCAGGAGCAGGUCGGGGGCACCCUGGAUGCAGAACGGGAGGUCAAGACCCGUGAGCAGCUCCAAGCAGAAAUUCACCGGUCCCAGGCUCAGAUAGAAGACCUGGAGAAGGCUCUGGCUGAGCAGGGACAGGACAUGAAGUGGAUUGAGGAGAAGCAGGCGUUGUACAGGAGAAACCAGGAGCUGGUAGAAAAGAUCAGGCAGAUGGAGGCUGAGGAGGCUCGCCUGAAACACGACGUGCAGGACGCCAAGGACCAGAACGAGCUGCUGGAGUUCAGGAUCCUGGAGCUGGAGGAGAGGGAGAGGCGCUCCCCGGCCAUCACCUUCCACCACGGUCCCUUCACCGAGGGGAAGAGCCCGCUGCAGGUGUACUGCGAGGCCGAGGGUGUCACAGACAUUGUGGUGGCAGAGCUGAUGAAAAAGCUGGACAUUUUAGGGGAUAACGCCAAUCUGACCAAUGAAGAGCAGGUGGUGAUCAUCCAGGCCAGGACUGUCCUCACGCUGGCUGAAAAGUGGCUCCAGCAGAUUGAGGUGACCGAGUCCGCGCUGCAGCAGAAGAUGCUGGACCUGGAGAACGAGAAGGAGCUGUUCAGCAAGCAGAAGGGAUACCUGGACGACGAGCUGGACUUCAGGAAGCAGUCCCUGGACCAGGCUCACAAGCAAAUUCUGGAAUUAGAAGCCAUGCUCUAUGAUGCCCUGCAGCAAGAAGCUGGAGCCAAAAUUUCCGAACUUCUUUCAGAAGAGGAGAAGGAGAAGCUGAAGAGCGCGGUGGAGCAGUGGAAGCGGCAGGUGAUGAGUGAGCUGCGGGAGAGGGACGCGCAGAUCCUGCGGGAGAGGAUGGAGCUCAUCCAGCACGCCCAGCAGAGAAUUAAAGAGCUAGAAGAAAGAAUUGAAGGCCAAAAAAGACAAAUAAAAGAGUUAGAGGAAAAGCUUUCAUUCUUUGGUCAUAGUCCUUCAGGCCACAUGCACAAGCCCCCUGAGGCCACUCAGCUCCUGCUGCUCCUCCCAGGGGCACAGCCCUGCCUGAAUCCCACCCCAGACUUUGCCCUUCCACCCCCAGACCUGCCUCGCUCUCUGCUGCUGGAGCUGGGAGGUGCAGCCUGUGGGGCUGAGCUGUGGGGGGGUCCCUGCGCCCCUGAAACCCUGAGGAGCAUUGGGAGAGGACUGAACUGAGCCCAAGGAAGCGAAAACUCUGCUCCUGGCCGUGCUGCAGCCCAGGGCUCUGGCAGCAGCACCAUCGCUGAUUCAGAUACUCUGGAUUCCUUCUGCUUCCCUGCCAAGCAGGUGGCAAAUUGCUUCUGUGUAGAAGUGCCCGUGUCCUGUUUGUAUGUGUUUGUUACCCACAAAAAUCUGUCUUGAAAGAAGGUUUCAGGAAGUGUUCCAGAGGAGAAGCUCGUGAAAGGAUGAAUGUGAAUGAACAUGAUGAAUAUGAAUGAAAAUGGAGUGGUUUGUUCCAAGGUAUCUCUUUGUUGGGUAUGUCCCAUGCUUUGUUGAACAUCCCAUGAGCCCAGUUUUAGGAAAAAAUGUAAAGCUACGUUCAGGAAAUCAAGCUGUAAUUUUAUUUUUGUUUUGAGUUGUCAGCAAACCAUGAUGAGGGAAGUUAGGCAAUAAUUUAUAAUUGCCUGUCCCUGAACAAUGACAAAAAAGGCUUAACACUGUCCCAGCAAAAAGUUCAACCUGGAAAAGAGUGAACUCAACCAGAUUAUCCCUGAUCCACCUGCACUGGGCUGGGACAGGCAGCAAGAGGGAACAGAGGAUGUUGUCAUCUGGAAAAUGUCCUCACCUGGGAAAGGGAGCACAAGUCCCACAGAGCCCAGGCCCAGGAGGCUGGCACAGGAACUGGGAAAGAAAAAGAAUCCUCUAGAAAAAGUGAAGGUGAGGAGGGGAAAAUCCAGAAGAAAUUCGAGAGUGUGAUCGACCACGUGGGAUCCACAGCUGAGCACAGAGAUGUGGGGCUGAGGGACAAAGCCAGGAGCAAGACCAGGAAUGAGGAACAAAGCCAGGAACAAGACCAGGAAUGAGGGACAAAGCCAGGAACAAGACCAGGAACAGGACAGCCCCAGUCCUGCUGGCAGCCAAGUCCCACGGUGCCCAUUCCCCAGGAGCACGGGGCAGGAAGGGAUCAGAGCUCUGGCCAGGUCCCUGUGCUGCUGGAGUCUAUAAAGCUAUGAAGAAAACCCUUGAUACUGAAAUUCUUCAGCCUCUUCCUGCACUCGUCCAUCGACGGUGCUUUAACCCAGCACGGGGAGCUCCGUGCAAAAACAAGGAAUUGUGUUGGCCAAAGUGUGAGAUUUGAACUGAAGGGAGGCACUGUUCUAAGGCCAAGGCUGUGGAUGUUGAUAUCAGCAUAUGAUUCCACCACGGAAUUGAUUUAACAAGCUCCAGUUCUACCAGACACCAAUGCCAGUGCUGGAUUCUGGGAUGAGCUGCAUUUUUUGCUUCUGCAUUUCACGCCUAAAACGGGUCCAUUUUGAGUUCCACUGAAAUACUUCAUGUCUUAAAAUACUGCAUUUACUGGAAGCCCUGCAGGUGGUGGAUGAGGUGACAAAGAACAUGUUAGGAGGUGGCUUGAGUCCAUCUCAUGGCUCUUCAUUGAGCAUGUGUUGUUGCCAGGGGUGUUCAUGUGUCUCAAAUAUCGGUUCUGUUUUCCGAUUAACUUCCUUAAUCCUGGGGGUUUUAAGUGCAAAGCCAAUUGUACAGGACAGGUUCGUGUGUAAAUAAGGGGUUGUACUUCCCUGUAUGUCACUAUAAAUAUGUGUGAAGUUUUGUACGUAGGAAAGAAACAACGGCUCAAAGAAUGUUUUCAGAACUGUUCAAAUGCACAGGCAGGAGACUGGCAUCCCUGUGCUCCCUCACUCUGAUCCUGCUGGUUCCACUCACUGCCUGCAUCCCUCUGGGCUCUGUGU